CGGAGUCCAGUGCUGCGCGCCGGAGCGUCUGCGCCGCAUUGGGCGCGGGGCCGACAGCAGGCGCCAUGGUGCUGCUGCACGUGCUGUUCGAGCACGCGGUGGGCUACGCGCUGCUGGCCCUGAAGGAGGUGGAGGAGAUCAGCUUGCUGCUGCCGCAGGUCGAGGAGUGUGUGCUCAACCUGGGCAAGUUCCACAACAUCGUGCGUCUUGUGGCCUUUUGUCCCUUUUCCUCGUCCCAGCUUGCCUUAGAAAAUGCCAAUGCCGUGUCUGAAGGGAUCCUCCAUGAGGACCUCCGCCUGCUGUUGGAGACUUACCUGCCAUCCAAGAAGAAGAAGGUGCUCCUGGGGGUUGGAGACACCAAGAUCGGUGCCGCUAUCCAGGAGGAGUUGGGGUUCAACUGCCAGACAGGAGGCGUGAUCAUGGAGAUUAUGCGAGGGAUCCGCCUGCAUUUCCACAACCUGGUGAAUGGUCUGACGGAUUUCUCCGCGUGUAAAGCCCAGUUGGGGCUGGGACACAGCUAUUCUCGUGCCAAGGUUAAGUUCAAUGUGAACCGGGUGGACAAUAUGAUCAUCCAGUCUAUUAGUCUUCUGGACCAGCUGGACAAGGACAUCAAUACCUUCUCCAUGCGUGUCAGGGAAUGGUACGGCUAUCACUUCCCGGAGCUGGUGAAGAUCAUCAACGACAAUGCUACAUACUGCCGCGUUGCACAGUUCAUUGGGAACCGGCGGGAGCUGAACGAGGAGAAGCUAGAGAAGUUGGAGGAGCUGACAAUGGACGGGGCCAAGGCUCGGGCCAUUCUGGAUGCCUCGCGGUCCUCCAUGGGCAUGGAUAUAUCGGCCAUCGACCUGAUCAAUAUAGAGAGCUUCUCCAGCCGGGUGGUGUCUUUGUCAGAGUACCGGCAGAGUCUGCACACCUACCUGCGGUCCAAGAUGAGCCAAGUGGCCCCCAGCCUGUCCGCCCUGAUUGGGGAAGCGGUUGGCGCACGUCUCAUUGCUCACGCUGGCAGUCUCACCAACCUGGCCAAGUACCCAGCGUCCACCGUGCAGAUCCUUGGGGCUGAAAAGGCCCUGUUCAGAGCCUUGAAGACAAGGGGUAACACUCCCAAAUAUGGACUCAUUUUCCACUCUACUUUCAUUGGUCGAGCAGCUGCCAAGAACAAGGGCCGCAUCUCCCGAUACCUGGCAAACAAAUGCAGUAUUGCCUCACGAAUCGAUUGCUUCUCUGAGGUGCCCACAAGUGUAUUUGGGGAGAAGCUUCGAGAGCAAGUUGAGGAACGGCUGUCCUUCUAUGAGACGGGAGAGAUUCCACGGAAGAAUCUGGAUGUCAUGAAGGAGGCCAUGGUUGAGGCAGAGGAAGCAGCUGCAGAGAUCGCCAGGAGGCUGGAGAAGGAGGAGAAGAAACGCUUGAAGAAGGAGAAGAAGCGCCUGGCCGCGGUGGCCCUGGCCUCUUCAGGAACCAGCAGCACGCCCGAGACUGCCGAGGAGUGUGAGGAGCCCAAUGAACAGCCCAAAAAGAAGAAAAAGAAAAAAAAUCGGGAGGUGCAGGAGGUGCCUCAGGAGAACGGCAUGGAGGAAGAGGAGGAGCCCUCUGUCUCCUACAAGCCCAAGAAGAAAAAAUCAUUUUCCAAGGAUGAGCAAAUUAAUAGUGAUGAUCUCGAAGAGGCGACUUGCAGUACAAGUCUUCCCAAGAGGAAGAGGUCACCUCCUAGUGAUCAGGAAGAAGCCAGGGACAAGGCUGUUUCCAAGAAAAAGCGGAAAUUCUCUUUCAAAGAGGAGCCACUGAGCAGCAGUGGGCCGGAGGAAGCUGGCUGCAGCAGCAAGAGCAGCAGCUCCAAGAAAAAGAAAAAACAAAAAAAACACCCCCAGGAUGACUAAAGGACACUCCCUCCCCUCCUCUCCCUUGGGCGGCAUGUGCUUCAAGUGCUGUUCCCCACCCCCACCCCCCAAUAAAGACAAAAAGCCAC